AUGGAAUCACCAGGUACACCACCCUCCAAACCUCCCCAUGAACCUCUUGCUUAUAUUUGCCGCAGCAAGCAAGCAGACCAAGAAAUUUACACAGUCGCCAUCUUCAACACCAAACUCUACGUCGCAAAAACAGCUCGUCUCAUCCCCCUCAUCCAAAGAUCCAAGACUCUAUCUUUCAGACCGUUUAUGCAAACUGCCGCCAAGCACAUGGGUGAUGCCAAUGCAGCGACUUAUGAAGUUUUCGGGGGUGAUUUUACGGAUACGUUUAGUCAUGCUCAUAAAAGUAGUCUUGCCCCCGGUGCCAAUUUGGAUGCGCAGAAUUUGAGAAUGGGUGAUAGGGCGUUGAUCGAUGUUGAGGAAGUGAUGGGGAAGAAGGUGAAGCUGUUGGAGUGGGUGAGAUAUACCGUUGUUCAGGCUAGUGCUUGUGGCAUUUUGGGCGUUGAGCAUCCUUUUAGAGAUCCUAAGAUUGAUGAAGCUUUUUGGAAAUGGCAGGAUUAUAUGCCUCUUCACCUCAUCGGUCUCGACAUCACAGGCAAAGGCUACAAAGCGCGCGAAAUCGUCUUUGACGCGUUCAGAAAGUAUAACAAGAACAUCCCCUCCGAUGUCUCAGCUGUAUACAUGGCUCGUCAACGAACGAUGCAAGAAGUAGGUAUUGACGAGGAUGAUGUUUGCAAGCAGCAAGCCACUUUUGGAACUGCUGCUUUCGCGAACACGGUGCCUAUUCUUCACUGGACUAUCUACGAACUCUUCUCUAGGGGAGAGUUGCUUGAGGAGGUCAGGAGGGAAGUUAUCGAGAAUGCUGUUACUGGAAACAAAGAGGAUGGUUUCGUUCUGGAUGUUGCGAGUUUGAAGACGAAAUGUCCUUUGCUAUUGAGUGUUUAUCAAGAAACACAGCGAACGAGACAUGUUCACGCGAAUAUCCGAAAAGUCACACACGACACUCUCCUCGACGACAAGUAUCUUCUGAAAGCAGGCCAAUUCGUCAUGAUGCCCGGCGAACCCAUCCACACCAACACAACAACCUGGGGUCCCUCUGCCGAAACAUUCGAUCCUUACCGUUUCGUCAACCAGAAGACUGCAUCAAGCAGCUUUGUCGCUUGGGGUGCACCGCCGCAUUUAUGUCCCGCGAGACAAUUUGCUACGACUGAGAUUAUGAUUGUUGUUGCGCUGUUGGCUGUUAGGUGUGAGUUGAAGGCAGAGUGGGCGAGGAGCCCAAGUUUGAAUACGGGAGAUAUGGCGACUAUUUAUACACCGAAGAAGGAUACUGAGGUUGAUGUUGGCACCAUGGCCAUCGAUCAAGAUCUCCCUCACAAAAUGAGAGACGUCUCACUAUCAGAGCCGACACAGAACGGCGUAUCCAAGACUGGCCUCCUCUCAGAAAGUGAAAGCGAAGCUUGGCAGAGAGCUAUAGAAAAGGUUGUCAGAUGCGUUGUCUCGGUCAAGUUUUCGCAUCCGUAUGCGUUUGAUACCGAGAUUUCCAAGACCAGUGAAGCAACCGGCUUCAUUGUUGAUGCUGAGCGAGGUCUUGUUCUCACAAACCGCCAUGUCGUCGGCCCCGGACCGUUUUCGGGGUACAUCGUCUUCAAUAACCAGGAAGAAGUCGAGGUUCAUCCCAUUUAUCGCGAUCCGAUUCAUGACUUUGGGUUUCUCAAGUUUGAUCCUAAAAAGGUCAAGUAUAUGCAGCUCACCGCCAUGCAACUGCGCCCCGAUCUCGCCAAAGUCGGAACUGAGAUCAAAGUCAUCGGUAACGACAGCGGUGAGAAGCUGGGUAUCCUAUCAGGCUUCAUCAGCCGCUUGGACAGAAACGCUCCCAUUUAUGACGGAUACAUGGACUUCAACACAUGCUACUACCAAGCCAACGCCUCUGCAUCAGGUGGCUCCUCAGGAUCUCCCGUCGUCAAUGUCGAUGGUCAUGGUAUUGCGCUUCAAGCAGGUGGUCGCACUGAUGGAUCGACAGAUUACUUCCUCCCUCUCGACGGCCCGUUACGAGCACUAAAGCAGAUCCAGAAUGGCGACAAAGUGAAACGAGGAGAGAUCCAAACUGUUUUCAAGCUCAAGCCCUUCGACGAGUGUCGAAGAUUGGGCCUCAGUUCAGAAUGGGAGAGCGUUCUGAGAGAAUCCUUCCCUGGACAAGACAACCUCAUCGUCGCAUGCGACGUUCUCUCCGAGGGACCAUCGGACGGCAAAUUGAAAGAGGGCGAUAUCCUCAUCAAAAUCAACGGCGAACUCGUCACCCAGUUCCUCAGAUUAAACACCUUUUUCGACGAAAACAUCGGUCAGACACUCCGCUUCCUCGUCCAGAGAGACGGCGAAGAUGUAGAGGAAGAAAUCACAGUCCAAAACCUCGACGAAAUCACACCCAGCCGUUUCGUCACCGUCGGCGCAGGCUGUUUCCACGAUUUAUCCUACCAAAUCGCCCAGCGCUACGUGCUUCCCUGUCGCGGCGUGUAUGUCUGCAAAGCAGGACCUUUCCACCCAGCGCAUGACAAUUAUUUCAUGGUCGACAGCGUAAACCACAAGAAGACACCCAAUCUGGAUGCUUUCGUGCAGGUCGUGAAGGAUAUUCCCGACAGAGCGCGCGUGGCGAUCAAGUAUUGGCAUGUUUGGGAGCGACAUACUAUGCGCACGGCGGUUGUACGGAUUGAUAGACAUUGGUUUCAACGGAUGAAGAUGUUCACGCGCAAUGAUGACACGGGCCAUUGGGAUGUUGAACUCCUCGCUGAGCCGUUACCUGCGGUUAGACCAGCGAAGUUAAGUGCUUCGUUUGAUACCCUCGAGCACAUCCCUUUGAGAGCUGUGGCAGAUAUUGUGAGGAGUUUUGUGCACGUCAAAUUCUCAGCACCUGUUCUCAUCGAUGGACAAUCUACACGUGUCCAUCUUGGCAUGGGACUUGUUAUUGACGCCGAUUGCGGUUUCGUGAUUAUUUCGCGUACGACUGUGCCGACAAAGCUGUGCGAUAUUGAACUCACUUUCGCAGAUUCUGUUCUCAUUCCCGGAAAAGUCGUGUUCUUACAUCCUGCGCAUCACUACGCGGUCAUUCAGUACGACCCAAGUCUGAUGGAUGCGCCCGUGAAGAGCGCAAAGUUCAGCACAGAGCGCAUCUCACAGGGCGCGUCAACGUUCUUUGUUGGACAUAACGAUUGUGAAGAGAUGGUUUAUGCCUCGACGUCUGUUACCAAGGUCAUUCCCUUGGAGCGAGAGCCACCGAACCCGCCCAGAGGCCGUCCUGUCAACGUCGAAAGGAUUGACAUCGAGACAAGAAUCGGUACCCAUUGUGGAAGUGGCGUUCUUGUCGCUGAAGAUGGUUCCAUCCAAGCUCUUUGGGUCGUUUACGAGAUGGAUGAUCUUGAUGAAGCCUGCUUCGGACUCGGCUCCCAAGCCAUUGCUCCCAUCGUGGAGAAAUUGAGUCAGGGACUUGUUCCCAGCCUUCGAAGCCUCUCCGUUGAACUCGCGCCAGUCACCAUGAUCGAGGCGCGCGUCAUGGGCGUCUCAGAAGAGUGGAUAAGCCAAGUCCAAGCCAAAUCCUCCGACCGUCGCCUCUUUAUGGUCAAACGCGCAUCGAGCCGGCUCCCCGAUGCCCUAGAAGUAGGCGAUGUUCUCCUCAGCCUCGACGGCAAACUCGUCACGCAAUUCUCCGACGUGGACUCCAUGUACUGGAAAGACACUCUUGAUGUUGUGGCUGUGCGAAGCGGUGAACAAAUCAGUUUCAAAGCGCAGACCGUGUUGGAAGAUGACUUUGAGAUAUCGCGUGUCAUCAACUUCUGCGGUUUGACGGCUCAGAAACCUCAUCGGACAGUACGACAGUGCAUCAAGAAGUUGCCGAGUGAAGUUUAUAUCACAAGCUGGUUGAUCGGUUCACCAUCGAAUUUGUACGACAUUUACGCGACGACGUUUAUUACGCAUAUUGAUAACAAGCCUACGCCGGAUCUUGAAGCGUUGAAGAACGUGGUGGUUAACAUUCCUGACAGGACAUACUUCAAGAUUAAAAUGACGGAUUACUCUGGUAGUCCCUCCGUCAUUACCAUCAAGAAAGAUGAACGAUAUUUCCCUACUGCCGAGUGGGUUCGUGAUGAAGCGCAUGCCGAAGGGUGGAAGAGAAUUACAUACGAGAAUGGUGAGGUUAUUCAGGGUGAGGGACUUUAUGGAAUCUUGCUGUAG